GCCGCCACCCGUCUCUUUCCAUGCCCGUGCGAACUCUCUACCCCCGCUUUCUGUACGAGCCAAACACUUUUCAAUAGACGCUCUGAUCGCGAGCUCACACAUAAACCCGGACGGAGGAUCUAGCGACGAUGGCGGCGACUACAGCUCCGACCGGAUGACCCCACCAGACUGCGAGGCCAUAUCUCCUUUGGAAAAACUGGUGGUGAGAACCACCAGUCCAGGUCAGCUGAUAGAGGUAGUGUCAAGUUCCACGUGCUCAGUAACAAAGGGACCGAUUUCCGAUGACUUUACUUUAGAGGAAGAGGAUGCUAAGGUUGCAGACAUUAGUGACGAGGACAUUUCGAUCAACACAGAGCACAUCAAAAGGGAAGAUGAACCCAGUAGUUCCGGGAUCUCCGGCGAUAAGAACGACCAAGCCUGUCACAACAGCGGAAAAGUGAAGCAGGAGAAUCCACAGGUUCUUCCCAGGUGUAACUGUGAAGAACUCAAGCGAGCCGAUGCGUAUCUGGAGACAAAGGACUUAUGGGAAAAGUUCCACGAGUUAGGGACCGAGAUGAUUAUCACCAAAUCAGGGAGGAGAAUGUUUCCUACGUUGAGGAUAUCUUUCAGCGGUGUCGAUGCUCAGACCAAAUACGCCGUGUUGCUGGAUAUUGUUCCGGUAGACAACAAGCGGUACCGCUACGCUUACCACCGCUCCUCCUGGUUGGUUGCCGGUAAAGCUGAUCCACCUUCUCCGGCACGAAUCUACCUCCACCCAGACUCCCCCUUUACUGGAGAUCAACUGAAGAAACAGGUUGUGUCCUUCGAAAAGGUCAAGUUGACCAAUAAUGAUAUGGAUAAACAAUGCCAUAUUAUUCUUAAUUCUAUGCAUAAGUAUCAGCCCAGAAUUCACCUGGUUAAACUCGGGUCAGAUCAUCCGAAUCCUAUCCACAUAACGGACUUGGAAGCUGAACAAUCCAGGACAUAUAUAUUUCCAGAAACCGUCUUUACAGCAGUGACGGCUUACCAGAAUCAACUGAUUACAAAGCUAAAGAUUGACAGUAAUCCGUUUGCUAAAGGUUUUCGAGAUUCAUCUAGACUCUCUGAUCUAGAAAGCAGAGGAUCAGUAGAAACGUUGCUGAGAGAGCAUGCCUUUCGCCAUUCACCGUUUCGGGCAUUCAUGUCUGGCGAUAUACCCUCGGACCAGGCAGCCUUAGCCCAGGCAGCAGCCUUAGGAAGAGUUCCUCCUCCCACUGAGCUUCUUCUUAUGGCCAGCCAAGCCGGAAAUCCCUGGAAAAUGCCCGGAAUGCCCUUCAGCAUGGCAGAGCUUAGUUCUUUUAUGAAUGCUCACCAACAACAGGCUAAUCAUUUGGCAAACCUCUACUUCGGGCUCCCUAGAACUAUGUUUCCACAACUGUCCACGGUCUCAGCAUCAAGCACGGUAACUGGAACUGCCGCUGCCGUUGCUGCAUCUGCGGAGAACAUUAGAAAUCCGCCCGGACACCUGCCACUCCCCGCGGCGCUCCAGUUCUCUUCAUCACGACCGAUUCAGACAACCCUUCCGCCAAUUUCGAGCAUUACAGCCGGGAGCUCGUCUCUUACUCCAAGUCAGCUAUACAGUUCUCGGCUGCAUUUAUCAUCAUUAUACCCUGGGCUUAAAUUUCAUCCAUAUUUCAGGCCUAGGCUCCUCCAAAAUUCCAGUUCAAAAUCGCCAUUAGACGCUGAAAGUGAAGGCAUUUUACCUUAAGUUGUAACAUCUGUGAGAAAAAAAAAAGGUGAUAGAAGUUAUCGAAUACUUAUGAUUUAUUAAAAGGAUUCUAUCUAGCCCAAGACCUUGAGAAUGAAAGAUCUUAAUCUUUGUGGAAUUAAACCCAGAUUUAGGGUUCCUAUUUCGUGCCGUGAGAUUCAAGUUUUGUGAAUUUUAUUUUGGGAAAGCCAGAUCUGCAUUUCUAACGAACUUUUUUUGUAUAUUCCAAGUGGGGAUUUUAUCUAAAGUAUUUAAUGAAAAAAACGACAACAACUUAAACCUCAGAAACUUCAAUAUCUUUGGAUAAGGAAAAAAAAACAAGGCAAAAAAAAAAAAAUUGAAGUUACACAUUGCCUCGUCUCUAGAAUAAUUUAUUUCAAUCAAAAAAGGAAAGAAAAAAGACCCUAGAGAAAGAGAGUUUCUCUGAACUUUUACCACAGCGUUGAAAGUUUUAGAAUUCAUCUUUCUGGCAUGAAUCUUUUUUGUAAGAAUCCUAAUAGCAAAGCGCGUGGAUCUGAGCGUGCAUUCUGAAAAUGAAUAUCCUUAAAGAUUACAACAGAAUUCGAGGACUUGUAUAUGAAAAAUAUUAACAGUCUUGAUUAUCUUCUUGUAUUAGACAUUGUGUAAAGAAAAAAAAAGGUGUCUGUGAAAGUUUUAACCUUGGACCUUUCAUCUGAUAGUUUUGAAGUAACGGUUGGAUCGUUAACUAGAACGUGUAUAGAAGAAAUUAGGAUCAUUCUA